CGAGUGGAGAAAAGCAAUCAGUGAAGAUGAUGGGGCAGAGGAGAUGCAAGGUCAAACAGUAAGCAAGCGAGCAAGCAAGAAGCAUGGCGACGCCUCAACAAUGCAAGAAGCAAGAGACCACAAGAAGCAAGCGAGCAGCAAUAACUGGUGCGUGUGCGAGCUCUCCAUUUGCGCAUCCUCUCGUCCUUUCACGCACGACCACAGUAUCUGAGCAGGCAACGAAGGAGACAGGCAGGCUGCUGCUGUGACAGAAGACACGAAGACCAAGGAUGACACAGACGAGGGUUGUGGCGCCAGCGCUGGCACUGCUUUUGCUGGUCAUCACCGGCCACGGCCACAUCGCCCAAGCACAGGAGGAGUUGGAAGGGCAGCUUCUGCUGGGCAUGGUUCUGGAUCCGCAGGAGUUCUUUGACCUGGUGAACCUGGACUCGUGCGCUUCCCUGACUCCAGCCAGCAGUGGCUUCUACUUUGAAUCUGGCCAGACCACUGGCAUCUCCAUGCCCCGCUGCACGCUUGGUGGCACCUGCCUGUGUCGCGACCUGCAGGAAUGCUCUGGCGGAGGGUGCAUGGCGGUGUAUCCGUGCACGGUGGGCGGUGGCGUGGUGCACGAGGAAUGCCUGGCGGUGACAAACUGCACGCAGCAGCCGUUCGACACCACAAUUCAGGUGGAUGUGGAGUGCAACCGACAGAACUUGACAGACCGCAGCAGCACCGAACUGGACGAGUUUGGUGCCAAGUGGAAGGCGGCACUUGCAGAGGACUGCAACAUUGGGCGGGUGUGCCGGUACUUUGGUGAUGAUAGCUCAUCCAUCACUGUUCAAGAUUACAACACGUUUACAACUACGAUCCUCAAUGCGGCACAGGCCAGUCCGUUGCAGACAUGUGCUGCUGGUGGCGACUUUCGCUUCAAUCGCUGCACUGUUGUCAGCGUCGAGGUGGUGGGGGACUCGACAAGCAGUGCAACCACCACGACAACCACUACAACGACGACAACUGUCACAAGCACGACAACAACCACUACCAUGUCAACAACAACUGUGGUGUCGACUGUGUUUACCACAACGACGACGACUUCAACAACUACAACUACAACAACUACAACUACAACGACAACUACAACUACAACUACAACUACAACAACAACUACAACUACAACAACAACAACAACAACAACAACAACAACAACAACAACAACAACAACAACUACAACAACUACAACUACUACUACUACUACUACUACUACUACUACAACAACUACAACUACAACUACAACAACUACAACUACAACAACAACAACAACAACAACUACAACAACUACAACUACAACUACAACAACUACAACGACAACUACAACUACAACUACAACUACAACUACAACUACAACUACAACUACAACUACAACUACAACAACAACAACUACGACAGUACUACACCACUCUUCUACUACUACUACUACUACUACUACUACUACUACUACUACUACUACUACUACUACUACUACUACUACUACUACUACUACUACUACAACUACUACUACAACAACAACGACAACGACAACGACAACAACAACAACGACAACGACAACGACAACAACAACAACGACAACGACAACUACUACUACUACUACAACUCAGCCUGAUAGCACAUCUUGUUUUGACGCCUUCUACUCGUGUCAGGGCCAGGAUCUGUUUGCGCAAUCGCUGGAGUCAUACGCCACGUGCGUGCUCGCAGCCGGGCACCAUUCCAACCCGGCCAUUGUGUCGCUGGCGCUGUGUCUCGUCGGUUGCGACGGCAUAACAGAUGAAUCCACACUGCCCCAAGUCCGCCAGUACUACUUCUGCCUGACGAGCUGUGCGUUUUCGACCGCGGAUUUGGACUGCAGCGAAACGCUGACGUCCACGACCACGACAACAACGACGAUCACGACAACCACGACCAUGACAACAACGACGACCACCACCACGACCACCACGACGCCGAUGUUUGAGACGAGCCUGAGCGUGCAGCCUGGCCUGCUCAAGUGGAGCGGGGGCGUGCUUGCAGGCAACGACAUCAUCUACUGCCUUCCCUUCAAUGCGGAAAGCAUUCUCCUCAUUGACACGGCGACUGACACCAUCGAUAACACCACCAUGACGGGCCUGACUGGCUCGGGCAAGUGGACUGGCGGCGUGCUUGCAAGCAACGGCCUCAUUUAUGGCGCGCCAUUCUACGACACGGCCGUGCUGAUCAUUGACCCGGACACCAACACGUAUGACCGCACCACCAUGAACAGCGUGGACGUGUACAAUGCGUACCUGAACCUUGUUGAGGCCCCCAACGGCCUGCUGUAUGGCGUGCCGGGCAUUGGAGGGGAUGUGCUGAUUGUCGAUCCAAGCACCAACACGGCAGACACCGUGACCAUCUCUGGGCUGGCCAGCGGGUUCCCCUGGAGCCAGGGUGUGCUUGUUGGGGACCUGGUGUUUGGCAUGCCGCUGAACAGCGACGCGGUACUGGUGAUCAACACGACGGCCAAUACGGCCGACACCACCAGCAUCGCCGGGGUGCGGGUGAAUGGCGGGUGGCACGGGGGCGCUGUCGGCGCUGACGGAAACGUGUACGCCAUCCCUUACAACGCAGAUCAUGCACUGGUGAUUGACCCCGUUGCGCUGACCGCAGACACCACAUCCUAUGCCGGGCUCGGCAGCGCCAAGUCCAAGUGGUCUGUUGGUGUGCUGGGCGACGAUGACAAGGUGUAUGGCAUCCCUGCGGAGGCGGGCGCGGUGCUCGUGAUUGAUCCUGUGACUGGCAGCGUGGAUACGACCACCAUUGGGUCGUUCCCUGCUGGUGCGUCAUGGUAUGGCGCUGUCAAGGUCGCCAAUGGCGACAUUUACUGCAUCCCCGACUCGGCAGACUUUGUGCUCGUCAUCCACACAUGA